ACAGAGUCGCCUUUGAACCGCAAGUGAACUCGAGGGCUGCGCUGGCCGCCGAGCUCCCGCUGCCGCCGGCGCCCGGUGCCGCCCCGUGAGGUCCACCUCCUCCCCGCCCUCCCAGGGGAGCACUACCCUAGGCUCGUCCCUAACCGAGCCAGGGCGCUAGGAAGCCUAUCUGCCCUUCCCUUCGGGUGCUAUUUCCUACCCCUCUACCCCCCUUCCUUUUUUUUUUUUUCUUGUGGCAAAGGUGGAACAUGGUUUUCAUGUGAGUUUUUCCCCCUUUUUCAUGGACAGUACCUGCACCCUUAGCAGUUUCGAGUUGGCUUCUGUUUUCCGUUAGCGCUUUGCUGCACGGACAAAUGCAUACAAAUGCAUUUAGAAGCCCACAGGACAAGGCGUGGAAAAGUCUCCCCCACGACAAAAACGAAACCAUUUCUUCAUUUUAUUGUGCUAUGUGUGGUUGGGCUUGCCGUUCAGGCACAAGAACAAGGCAUAGAUAUUCUUCAUCAACUAGGCCUUGGAGGCAAAGAUGUAAGACACUCAUCAUCAGUGACUGCUGUACCAUCAUCAUCUACACCAUUACCUCAGGGGGUUCAAUUAACAGAAUCAGGUGUCAUUUUAAAAAAUGAUGCUUAUAUUGAGUCACCUCUCAUGAAAAUUUUACCAGUCAACUUAAGGCAGCCAUUUACAAUAUUAAUUGGGUUGCAGUCCCAUAGAGUGAACAAUGCAUUUCUCUUCAGCAUUAGAAAUAAAAAUAGACUACAAUUAGGAGUACAGUUGCUACCUAAAAAAAUAAUAGUAUACAUUGGAGGAAAGCAGUCUGUGUUUUUCAACUACAGUGUUCAUGAUGAGCAAUGGCACUCAUUUGCCAUUACUAUUAGAAACCACGUUGUUUCACUGUUCGUUGAGUGUGGAGAGAAGUAUUUUAGCAGCGACACCAUUUCAGAAGUUCAGACCUUUGAUUCUAACAGUGUGUUUACCUUAGGAAGUAUGAAUAAUAAUUCUAUCCAUUUUGAAGGAAUAAUAUGUCAGUUGGAUAUUAUUCCUUCUGUAGAAGAAUCUGCAGACUACUGCAGAUAUGUGAAACGUCAGUGUCUCCAAGCAGAGGAAUACCGACCCGAAACAAGCCUUCCUCGCACAACUAUCAUGCCAACUAAGAUACUGGAACACCCUCCCCUGCCUAAGCAAUUUGGUGAAAAAAUACUGUCAGAGGAUGUAUUUACUGAAGGCAAAAGCAUUCCAAAUAUCAUAAAUAAUGAUUCUGCAACAGUGCAUAAAAGACAAGAACAGCAGAUAUCAAGAUCUCAGUUCACUUCUCUUCAUUCAGGAAUCGUCUCUGCUGUGGAUGUCACAAACCAAGGGACUCAGGCCAAAGAAAUGAUCACUGAGGAACAUGCUCAGACUAAUUUAAGCCUGUCAGUGAGCCAUCAUCGCCUCAGUGAGGCAAGAAUGAAUAGUAAGGAGAAAUUUAAUUCUUUCCUAAAUGUAUCUGCCAAUAUCACACAACAUGACGAUAAAGUAACUGGUCUGUCGUUGUCUAAGAAGAUGUCAUCUCGUCCACAAAUAAAACAAGAUACAAUUACUAAUCUCAAGAAGGCUAUCACAGCAAAUCUACACACUAAUGAACUCAUGGAAAUGCAACAGAUUUUAAACACAACCUUGUAUAGAGUAACAGAUGAGCCGUCUGUGGAUAAUCACCUUGAUCUAAGGAAGGAAAGUGAAUUUUAUCCUGAUGCUACUUAUCCCAUUGAAAAUAACUAUGAAACUGAGCUUUAUGAUUAUUAUUAUUAUGAGGAUCUUGAUAGAAUGCUUGAAAUGGAGUAUCUGAGAGGGCCAAAAGGAGACACUGGACUGCCUGGUCCACCUGGUCCAGCAGGUAUCCCAGGUCCAUCAGGAAAGAGAGGUCCACGGGGUAUACCAGGGCCACAUGGAAAUCCUGGGUUACCUGGAUUGCCAGGUCCAAAGGGCCCCAAAGGAGAUCCAGGAUUUUCCCCAGGUCAAGCUCUUUCUGGAGAAAAGGGUGAUCAAGGCCUUUGUGGAUUAAUGGGGUCCCCGGGUAUGCAAGGUAAUAAGGGUCUCAAAGGAUAUCCAGGGCUCCCAGGACUCCAAGGUGAACAAGGAAUUCCAGGAUUUGCUGGUAAUAUUGGUUCACCUGGUUAUCCUGGCAGGCAGGGUUUAGCUGGACCAGAAGGUAAUCCAGGUCCUAAAGGUGUACGAGGUUUUAUUGGCUCUCCUGGAGAAGCAGGAAAAUUGGGACCUGAAGGAGAAAGGGGCAUUCCUGGGAUCCGUGGAAAGAAGGGACUCAAGGGAGGACUUGUAGGUGGCAUUGGUCCUCCGGGGUUUCCUGGGCUUAGAGGCAGUGUCGGGUCUGUGGGACCAAUUGGACCUUCUGGAAUUCCUGGCCCAAUGGGCCUUUCAGGGAAUAAGGGACUACCUGGAAUCAAAGGUGAUAAGGGUGAACAAGGCAUUGCAGGAGAUCCGGGAGAACCAGGGUAUACUGGAGACAAGGGUGCUGUUGGUUUGUCAGGACCACCAGGGAUGAGAGGAAAGCCAGGACCUUCAGGCCAACCGGGUGACCCAGGACGCCAAGGACCAUCUGGCCCUCCAGGACCAGAGGGUUUUCCAGGAGAUAUUGGGAUUCCUGGACAAAACGGCCCUGAAGGACCAAAGGGACUCCUUGGAAAUAGAGGGCCUCCUGGACCUCCUGGUCUCAAAGGAACUCAGGGAGAAGAAGGAACAACUGGACCCUUUGGAGAACUGGGGCCAAGAGGAAAACCAGGUCAAAAGGGAUAUGCAGGUGAACCAGGACCAGAAGGCUUAAAGGGAGAAGUAGGAGAUCAAGGAAAUAUUGGAAAGAUUGGUGAAACAGGACCUGUUGGUUUACCUGGAGAAGUUGGAAUAACUGGAAGCAUUGGUGAAAAGGGAGAACGUGGAGGUCCAGGCCCACUAGGUCCCCAAGGGGAAAAGGGCAUUAUGGGAUAUCCAGGUCCUCCUGGGAUUCCAGGACCCAUGGGUCCAUUGGGAUUACCUGGUCAUGCUGGGGCAAGAGGACCACCAGGGAGUCAAGGUCCUAAAGGACAAACAGGAUCAAGAGGACCAGAUGGUCUCUCAGGGGAACAAGGUAUACAGGGUGCCAAGGGUGAAAAAGGAGAUCAAGGAAAAAGAGGGCCUCAUGGUCUUAUUGGUAAGACUGGAAACCAUGGAGAGAGAGGAGUGCAAGGAAAACCAGGUUUACAGGGACCCCCUGGAAGUACAGGAGACAGGGGACUUGCAGGAGAACCAGGACCACGAGGACUGCAAGGUGAUGCCGGACCUCCUGGGGAAAUGGGCAUUGAGGGACCUCCAGGCAUAGAGGGAGAAUCUGGUCUGCAAGGCGAGCCAGGUGCAAAGGGAGAUGUUGGACCUAUAGGCAGUGUUGGAGGAACUGGGGAACCAGGGUUACGGGGUGAACCAGGAGCUCCUGGAGAAGAUGGUCUCCAAGGAAAAGAUGGAGUAAAGGGAACCCCAGGAGGAAGGGGACUUCCUGGAGAGGAUGGAGAAAAAGGAGAUAUGGGCUUACCGGGAACUAUAGGCCCUGUGGGUAGAAUGGGUCAAAUGGGUCUUCUGGGACCUGAAGGAAUUUUGGGAAUUCCAGGACAAAGAGGACGUCCAGGAAAAAAGGGUGAUAAAGGACAGAUAGGACCCCUAGGAGAAGUUGGAAGCAGAGGUUCUCCUGGACAAAUUGGGAAAACUGGUCCUAAAGGUGCCAGAGGAACAAGAGGUGCUGUGGGACAUUUAGGAUUGAUGGGACCUGAUGGAGAACCAGGAAUUCCAGGAUACAGGGGCCAUCAAGGUCAGCCAGGACUCUCUGGAUUGCCAGGACCUAAAGGAGAAAAGGGCUACCCAGGAGAAGAUAGUACAGUCCUAGGACCACCUGGGCCUCGAGGUGAACCAGGUCCAAUGGGGGAACAAGGAGAGAGAGGAGAGCCUGGAGCAGAGGGAUAUAAGGGUCAUGUGGGUGUACCAGGAUUAAGAGGUGCCACUGGACAACAAGGGCCCCCAGGCCAGCCAGGCAACCAGGGUGAACAAGGACUAAAAGGAGAGAGAGGAUCUGAAGGUCAACAGGGGAAAAAAGGAGCUCCUGGUCCUUCUGGGAAGCCUGGAAUUCCUGGACUUCCAGGCCUACCUGGACCAAAAGGCAUGCAGGGAUACCAUGGAGCAGAUGGCAUUUCAGGAAACCCUGGAAAAGUUGGACUACCAGGAAAACAGGGACUUCCUGGAAUCAGAGGCAGCCCAGGAAGAACAGGACUGGCUGGGUCUCCAGGUCCUCGAGGAAUAAAGGGUUCAUCAGGCCUGCCAGGAAGCCCAGGAGUUCUAGGCCCAAAGGGUGAACAAGGACUACCUGGUCAACCUGGAAUUCAAGGUAAAAGAGGUCACCGAGGAGCACAAGGUGAUCAAGGACCAUGUGGAGAGCCCGGCCUGAAAGGGCAGCCUGGAGAACAUGGUGUUCAAGGUUUGACAGGUUUCCAAGGAUUCCCAGGCCCCAAAGGUCCUGAGGGGGAUGCUGGCAUUGUUGGAAUAUCAGGUCCUAAAGGUCCUAUUGGACAGAGAGGAAACACUGGUCCCCUUGGCAGAGAAGGUGUAAUAGGCCCAACAGGUAGAAAUGGACCCAGAGGUGAAAAGGGCUUUAGAGGUGAAACUGGUCCUCAAGGACCAAGAGGUCAACCAGGGCCUCCGGGUCCACCGGGAGCGCCAGGCCCAAGAAAACAAAUGGAUAUCAAUGCUGCUAUUCAGGCCUUGAUUGAAUCAAAUACUGCCCUACAGAUGGAGAGCUACCAGAAUACUGAAGUGACUUUAAUCAACCACAGUGCAGAGAUAUUCAAAACCCUGAACUACCUUAGCAAUUUAUUGCACAGCAUCAAGAAUCCUCUUGGCACACGAGAUAACCCAGCACGAAUCUGCAAAGAUUUGCUUAACUGUGAACACAAAGUAUCAGAUGGAAAAUACUGGAUUGAUCCAAAUCUCGGGUGUCCUUCAGAUGCCAUUGAGGUUUUCUGCAAUUUCAGUGCUGGUGGCCAGACAUGUUUAUCUCCUGUUUCUGUGACAAAGUUGGAGUUCGGAGUUGGGAAAGUCCAGAUGAAUUUCCUUCAUUUACUGAGCUCAGAAGCCACCCAUAUCAUCACCAUUCACUGUCUAAACACCCCAAAGUGGUCAAGAGCACAAACAAGUGGCCCAGGCUCACCUAUUGGUUUCAAGGGAUGGAAUGGCCAGUUUUUUGAAGAAAACACUCUACUUGAACCUAAAGUACUUUCAGAUGACUGCAAGAUUCAAGAUGGCAGCUGGCAUAAGGCAACAUUUCUUUUUCACACCCAGGAGCCUAAUCACCUUCCAGUGAUUGAAGUACAAAAACUUCCUCAUCUCAAAACCGAACAGAAAUACUACAUUGAAAGCAGUUCUGUGUGCUUUCUUUAA